AUGCCUGUUCCGACAGGUGCAAAGGUAAUCGCUCAAGCGCUUCACGAUCUGGGAGUCACGGUCAUUCACACCUUGGUUGGGAUUCCCGUCGCCGAAAUCGCGGAGGAAGCAAUUGAUCUGGGUAUCCAUGUGAUAGGCUACCGGAACGAACAGGCUUGCAGCUAUGCCGCCUCGGCUUAUGGAUACCUCACGGCGCGACCAGGUGUUUGUAUACUGACUGGCGGGCCGGGAAUCCUCCAUGGGACAGCAGGUAUCGGCAAUGCGUCAGCAAACGCAUUUCCACUCAUAGUCCUGGGAGGAUCUUCUGAAUCCAGCCUGUCCACAAAGGGAGGCUUUCAAGAAAUGGACGCAGUCUCUCUGUUGACGCCUCAUACCAAGUUCGCGACUCGUCCCACGUCAAGAGAUCCUCCUACCAUAGUGGCAGCCAUCCGCAAUGCGUAUCGAAUCGCCUUGUACGGACGACCUGGCCCGACAUUCGUGGAUCUACCCACUGAAAUGAUCAUGGAGCCCGUCAUUCCUGCCGCCACAUCAACAGCAUCUCACUCGCCCAUUGUCGUCUCUCCCCCACCAAAACCAGCAGCGGAUCCAGACCUGGUUCGCUCAGCCGCGAGGCUUCUCAAAUACGCCUCGUCACCGCUCGUCAUCGUCGGCAAAGGCGCAGCAUACUCUCGCACCGAGCACUCCAUCAGUAAUCUCGUCCAGGCGCACAACCUGCCCUUCCUGCCGACACCGAUGGGUAAAGGCAUAAUUCCUGACUCUCAUCCACUGAACACGUCCUCUGCCCGAUCAACGGCGUUGAAGCAUGCCGAUGUGAUUCUCCUCCUGGGCGCUCGGUUGAAUUGGAUCCUCCACUUCGGCGAGGCCUCAAAGUACAGACCAGACGUCAAGAUCAUCCAAGUCGAUAUCUCGGCCGAGGAGCUCGGUCGGACGAACAGCCUAGGCCAGCCGGCUCUCAGCAUCUUCGGGGACAUUGGCCUCGUUGUCGACCAAAUCCACCGCGAACUCGGGGUCAACUGGAAAGCACUCCCACAAGCAACGAUCCGCCUGCCACCCUCAGCCCACUCACCAUCCGAAUCGAGUUCGUACAUCACGCUUUUGUCGGCAGCUGCCUCCAAGAAUGAAGCCCGCUCACACAAGCUCGCAACCACGCCAACCCCCAAGGGUGGGCACCUCACAUACGAACGGACUUACCACAUCAUCAAAUCCACACUGGACGCGCUGGGGGCAGACGAGAUAAUCUACGUCUCCGAAGGCGCGAAUACAAUGGACAUUUCUCGCGCCGCGUUCCCGCUCGAGCGUCCCCGCCGGAGACUCGACGCGGGGACGUACGCCACCAUGGGCGUCGGCAUGGGCUACGCGAUCGCCGCGUGGGCCGCGCAUAAUCUUCCACGUGGGCCCCAAGGGCGGCAGAAAAAGAUCAUUGCUCUAGAAGGCGACUCGGCCUUUGGGUUCUCCGCCAUGGAAAUUGAAACCAUGGCGCGCCACAACAUGGACGUCAUGAUCGUGGUGAUGAACAAUAGCGGGAUCUACAAGGGCGAUGCGUUGACAAAGGGGGAGUGGGAUCAAAUGCAGAGGCAGACUACGCACGGCCUCAGAAGCACAUCCCUCCUAUACGAGACGCGCUACGAAAAAUUGGCAGAGAUGGUCGGGGGCAGAGGCUGGUUCAUCCGCACGGAAGAUGAGUUGGCCCGCGCCGUGAGGGCCGCGUUUCAGGAAAGAGAAAAGGUGUGUCUCUUGAAUGUGAUUAUCGAUCCCGGGUUGGAUAGUGCCGCGCAGUUUGGGUGGAUGGACCAGAAGGAGAAGCAUGCUGGCUCCGGCGUGGCCCAAGGGGAGAGUAAAUUGUGA